GACCCGUGCGUGCAUAGUACUGUUCCAGCUAGGAAGGUUACGCGCGCGCGUGGACCAGGAACAGUUGUAAAGUAAUCAAUGAUUACUCAUUAGUUGACGCUGCAAAACUUCGAUGCAUAGUGAUCUGUGAUAUUAGUUGUCAACAUGCCCGCUACGGCUAUGCAUAAAUUAAUAACGUUUAUAGGAUUUACGUCAAUAUUACAUGCAGCUUAUUCCGCAGCGCAACAUCGUUCAUAUUUGCGAAUCACCGAACAGGAAUUUACCACUCUGCCAAUUGAUAUUUUAAUUCAAGGUAUAGCCAGUUUGUUUAUUGUCAUGUAUGGUGUCAUGUACAUAGCUGGCGAUUUCAAAGAAAUUCGGGCAGUUGUUGAUCUGGAAAACAAAUCUUGGGAGACGCUAAGGAAUCUGCCAUCAUUCCAAAUAUUCAAUCACCGUGGAAGAUCUCUCUCUCCGAAACAUAUCUCAGGACUAUGAAUGAGAUACUAUUUUGUACCAAAUCACUAACAAAGAUAUCGGAUACAUAGAUUUAUUUAUGUUUUUCAUUUGUAUCACGUCUCUCAAUUUGGUAGAGAUGUUCGAGAGAAUAGUAAUAUAAAAUACAAAUAAUGACUUUAAAUACAUACUUGUAAAUGUAAUGUUUGUGUAUGCACAAGUCUCUAAACAAAUUUCUAUCAAUGUGUUCAGCUAUUCACUGUAAACUUCUAUCGUAAAUAGAGUUUAAUAUGUUGAAACUAGAACAUGAGGGGAUAUAAAGAUUGUGACGUGGCUUUGUGGACGCCCGCCACAAGAGGCGAGUGCCUUCGAGGAGGCACUGUUGCGUGGGUCGUGUUCUUCGCGACUUUUGGAAAGCUUUUUUCAAUUAUCAGGAAUCGCGCACUUUCCGUGCGCGAGUCUGUUUUUGAUGGUCCUCGUAUCUUCUACAUUUGUACAGUCUCAGCUCUAUCCGGUGGCAAGAAAUAAUGGAGGACAACCAGGACGGGGAGAGACGAAGCCUCUUCCGAUUUCCCGAUUCGAAUCGUUUCGGAGAAGCGGUCGCAAAAUAUGAAAAAAAGGAGCAACCGAAAAUAUCAAAACCGUUACAGCUACGUGUACAUAUACAAGCAUGAAAUUCAAUUAAUGAUUUAUUGCUGAAAACAAGUGACACCAGAUUGUGAUCUUCCUCUGUAAUUGUAAUUCAAAUUGCGAGAUCUCAAACACGGUGAGUGGUUUUUGUAUAUGCAUUUCACACAAUUGUGGCAGUAAAUAGUAUGAAUAAAAAAGUUUCGCAGUUU